AUGAAAGCUUUGGUGCUUCCAUUUAUGGAGAAUGGAAGUUUGGAGAGUGCGAUUCACGGGUCUGCAUCGGUUGGAUCGCUAGAAUCGAUCUAUGCGUUGACAUCGCGAGCGGAAUCGAUUUUUCUUCAUUCUGGGUUUGGAUUCCCAAUCGUUCACUGCGAUUUGAAACCGGCGAAUAUACUUCUCGACGGCGAUCGAGUAGCUCACGUCAGCGAUUUCGGGACUGCUCGGAUCCUAGGGUUACGUGAAAAUGGAAGCACCACAGCUUCUUCCGUAGCCUUCCAAAAAGUGAAAGCGACAUUCCAUGGUAAUUACUGUUUUAGCCGGAGAAAGGAAAAUCGGAGAACGACGAUGGAAAAAUAUAUAUAUAUUUUUUUAAGUAAAACAACUUAA